CGGCGGACAAGCAACACUGCAUGUCCGUCGUGCCCCAUCACUAUACGACCGACUGUCAAGUGAUGAGUACGGCGUGCAUCCUGCCCGACGCACACGCUACCAAUCAGCACGACGGGUCAACAAGUGAAGGUACAUCCAUGAGGGAUGUACCCACUUCGACACAUGCCAUGUCCGUGCCUGCGUCCACACCAGUGAGUGUGAUGACGAACAGGGAGCCCGUCGAGAGCAAUGCCUGCGACUCGUCGGGCUACCGUCUCUUCAUCUCUGCUUCAAUGAUCGCGAGUGACCAUGAAGACGGCACUUCCGCCCCCAGGUACGACUGCGAAGUCGUACCGGAUGUCCCACGGGAUAGCACGUCUGUGCUACAGGACGAUCUCGCGGUCGUACUUUACAAUUCGCAAGGAUGCACGAUGGACUUGCAGCGAUGCAUGACCAUCGUGCCCCAGCCCACCUCGACUGCCACUAGUGCAGCGGGUACGUCUAGCUCAUUGCUCGACGUACAGGGGGAUAACAAUCACCAUUCCCCGUCCAUCACUGAUCGCUUGUCGGACCGUAGCAUCACGCUAGCAUCGGCGUCCCAAGACGGAUUGCACUUCCGUGAGGAAGUGCAGGUCUCCGGCGGCUUCGACACAGCUGAAACCCCUGUGGCUCAGUUGGCAAGCCUUAACCGCCACCUCGACUCCUCCAGCCACCACUCUCUCCGUGACCCCGGCGCCCCGACGAGCGCGCAGCCCGAUGAUCACGUAUCUCCGAGCGACGCGCGAGCUCGAGAUCGCGGCCCAACUGCUGCACUACGGACAGUGCAGCGGCCGGCGCUUACAGACCCCAACCGACUAGAAUGGCCUCCCGACCGUCAACCCGGCGAGAACUUCACAGUUCUCGCUGACGGCUCGUUUCUAGGGACCUCCACCCAAUUUCAUACCGACCUCUCCGCGGCCCCCGAUAUCGCCGGCGACUACGACAGGCACCACGGGUCGCAGAUCGCGUACGAACUCUGGAGACCGUGUGUAGGACGGAAGGGCCAGGACGGGGUCAAGGGAGAUGUGGGCGAUGGUACGGAAGCCAGAGAGAGAGUCGAGGAGGGUCGUGCAGAAGGAGGAGAGGGGGAAGGGCACAGUGUAGAUGAAGAAGACGAGCCACCGUGCUCGGAAAGCAAAGACGAGCCGGAGGACCAGUACGUCGUCGUACAGGACAACGCACUCGAGACCCGGACACAGGCGACCGUCGCACCGAGGUGCACUGUGCGGUGUGCGGUCAAGUACCUCAGGGUACUUGACACCCUUGAUGGCAAAGACCUAUGCGGAUGCAAGGCCGAACUCGACGUAGUCAUGUCGAGUACAGCAAGCGAGCGGGCAGGCUCCAAGACCGACAGUACGCCCUCACUGGACGUACUCACGUCGCCGCCGUCUUUCGUGCCAGGACUCGUACUAGUAAGCGUAUCGACGAACAGUGUGUUCGUCGUGCGCACCGCUAAUUACGACCGCACGUAUAUUCCUGUGGCAAUCACCGCGUCUUGCACAGAGAGUACGUCCAGCCUGAACUCGAGGUCCGACGUCCCAUCCGCUGAGGACUCGGCAUGGAGACCUGAGACUGGCCAUAUGUCCCGCUGCACUACAGCUGUUGUUGCCCGCUUCGUCGCCACCGUCUUCCGCUGUCGCCACUGCCGCAACACUGUACAACGACCUCAUUACCCGCUAUCGACAUCACGUCCCGCCGUUGCUACUACCGCCACUGCUGAUGCCACCACCAUUGUCCGUCCUGGCGCCAUGGUCAUACCAUCGACAUCGUCAUCCCAGCCAUUGUCGUGCUGGCCACUGUCGCUCCUGCCACUGUGUUCCGCUCUGGCCACCACAACACUGCGCAAUGCAACAAGCCCAUUUGUCACGUCCCGGUUUGCAUAACUCCAUCGAGUUAUGCAUGACAAUGGUGGCGGCCGUGCUGCUCACUGAUGCGAACUUGCGAGUCGUUGUCUACAGUACGGCACCACCUUUGUUUUGCCGGUCGCUACUAUCAAUGUGUUGUCGCGUGUAUGAUUCCAUUCCUAUUCUCUUUCCUUUUUGUUUCUCUGGUUAUCGCUGGGACCCGUGGUCGUGUCCAGUGGGGGAGAGUGUAACGGAUAUUCCCGUUACGGCAUAUCUUAUCACACAUGUUUGGU